UCCAUUAGAGGUCUUGGAUGUUGUUCCGAAGCUUCCGUUGAACUUGGUGGUAUGCCCAAAGAAGGCAGCUCUCUGUGCGCAUCUGACAGCGUGAUCUUCCUUGUUAUGCCAGCUUGGGAUAUUACAUCAGAGCCAUUAUCAUGGUAUACUAUGGCUCAGUCCAAGCUUGUUUCUACAUGAUUCAAGCUCAGUCACUGCAUCAUCUUCUCGCCUUAUUCUUUUGCUAGACACUGCACUUGGACUUGUGCAGUUUUCUGCUUCCGUUUCGAUCUGCAUCUAGGGUAGCUUGAGGAUGAGCAUCAAGGUUGUCUUAGGCGCCCUCUCCGUUGCCGGGGUCCUUUGGCACGCGCAAGGUCUCUAUAUAACAGAGCCCAACUCCGGAAGAAAUCUGGUAGACACUGUGACAGCGAGAAAGCGUGGCUCGCCAGACGCCCCAAAUGGCUAUGUUCCCACGGAGGUUGACUGUCCUACGACACGGCCAAGCAUACGUUCAGCGCACGAGCUAUCGCAGAGCGAGGUUGACUGGCUGAAGACGAGAAGACCGAAGACGGUGGAUCCUCUAAAGGACUUGCUCGGCAGGUUGAACAUCACUGGACUGGAUACCAACGCGUACAUUGAUAAUCACUCAAGCAACAUUUCGAACAUCCCAAACAUUGCCAUUGCAGCGUCAGGAGGUGGAUGGAGAGCACUACUGAACGGAGCUGGUUUGAUCGCCGCCUUUGACAGCAGGACAACGAACUCGACGAAUCCCGGUCACCUUGGGGGACUGCUGCAAAGUUCCACGUAUCUUUCCGGACUGUCCGGCGGAAGUUGGCUGGUCGGCAGCAUAUACAUGAACAACUUCUCGACCGUGCCGACGCUCUUGGACAGCAACGCGGAGAAGUCGGCGUCGGGGUUUUUGUGGGGUUUCCAGGAGUCGAUCCUCGCGGGGCCUCCAGCCUCUGGCACGAUCGACAACGUCGUCGACACGGCCGACUAUUUCACGACCAUCUACGACCAGGUGCAAGGCAAGGAGGACGCUGGCUACAACACCACGCUGACGGACUAUUGGGGCCGUGCCCUCGCGUACACCUUGAUCAACGCCACGGACGGCGGCCCGGCGUACACGUGGUCCUCGAUCGCAAAAGAUGCGGCCUUCCAGCAAGGCGACUGGCCGCUGCCCGUCGUCGUCGCGGACGGACGCGCGCCGGGCGAACUUCUGGUCUCGCUGAACGCCACGAACUACGAGUUCAACCCUUGGGAGAUGGGCUCAUGGGAUCCGACCGUGUACGGGUUCGCACCAGUCCAGUACGUCGGGUCCGAGUUCGACAACGGCGUACUGCCCACGAGCAAGAGCUGUGUGGCCGGGUUCGACAGCGCCAGCUUCGUCAUGGGCACCUCGAGCUCGCUCUUCAACCAGCUGCUUCUGAACCUGAACUCAACCAGCCUGCCGGGCGUGGUCAAGGCCGGGUUCGAGGCGCUGCUUUCACGCCUUGACAAAGCAGAGGAGGACAUCGCGGACUGGGCGCCGAACCCGUUUCGAGGCUGGAACGAGGGCUCGAACCCGAGCGCGGGCGAUGUGACGCUGACUCUGGUGGACGGCGGUGAAGAUCUGCAGAACAUCCCGCUGACGCCACUCAUCCAGCCGAGCCGGGCGGUGGACGUCAUCUUCGCCAUCGACUCGAGCGCGGACACAGUGGCGCCGGGGGCCGCAAACUGGCCGAACGGGACGGCGAUGGUGGCAUCGUACGAGCGGUCGCUGCACGCCAUCGCCAACGGGACGGCGUUCCCUGCGGUGCCAGCGCAGAACACGUUUGUCAACCUGGGCCUCAACAAUCGACCGACCUUUUUCGGCUGCGACGCGGCCAACACCUCGGCGCCCACGCCGCUGAUCGUGUACCUGCCCAACGCGCCGUACGUGUACGCGUCCAACGUGUCGACGUUCCAGCUCGAGUACACAAAGGCCCAGCAGCUCGCCAUCGUGCAGAACGGCUACGACGUCGCCACCAUGGGCAACGCCUCCCGCGACGCCCGCUGGCCCGCUUGCGUCGGCUGCGCCAUCCUCAGCCGCUCCUUCGACCGCACCGCCACCCCCGUCCCGGACAUCUGCCGCUCCUGCUUCGCGGACUACUGCUGGAACGGCACCCUCGCCAACCAGCCGCCCGCCCGCCCGUACGAGCCGGAGCUCAUCCUUCCGGACCGGGCCAUCAACGCUACCAAGAAGGGCGCCGCCGCUGUCUUGCCUGCUCCGACUGCGCUGGCCCUCGCUGCCGCCAUCUCCCUCUCCCUCCUACUCGCCUAGAGCGGUCCCUCAUCGCAUCCGGCCCUUUCUCCACGUACGAUCUUCUCGACGACCUUCCUUUCCUUUUUUUUUUUCUCUCUCUCUCUUCCCCGAUCCUCCUUCCGCGUUACAACAUCACGGGGCAUAUUGGGAAUUUUUUUUAAUGUUUUUGUUGUAUAUAUGCAUAUGCAUACACAUGUAUACGUGUGUUGAAGGAUUGGAAAGACUGGGCUUGGUCUUCACAAAUCCGAGGAGGGACGUCCCACGCAUGACUGUUGUACUGUUGGAUCGAGAACGAACUGAUCAUUUCUGGUGACGGAAACGUACGGGGGGGCAAACGUGAUGUUCGGACAGGAAAUUUUUUUUUUUUUUUU